CAUUAAACGACUGAUCCAUCAUAGUAAAAUGCCUUGUUUUAAGAGUUUUAGAACGCCCAGGAAAUAUUAAACGAGUAUAUUUCCUAAUUUACUUAAAGGAACUUCCUAAUUCAGGGAAGUGGGAAUCCAGUAAUGAAGAAUGGGCCAACUACUGGCCAUCAGCCCAGACAUUCUCAGAUGCAGUUCCUUUAAGUCUCAGAAUGGGAGCUCCCAGCAAACUCGGGGAUCGAACGUUGCCCACGUAUCGAGAAACGACAGAAAUGCUAAAAAUCCCAAAUUUCUUCCAUUUGACACCCAAACAUAUACAGAAACAAUGCGAGAAACUCAAAGGUCGGUGUCCAACUCGGAAACAGAACUACGAAUAUCUGAAAUAUGUCCUGGUUGUGCUUUACAUGGAAUCCCUGGUGAGAGUCCUCUCAUUAUGGCAGAAAAGGGACACAUGGGAGAGUGAGUGUGCCUUUGAGGACAGAGAGACCUUCGAAUGGGCGGAUAGUCCGUCAGCACGACAAAUGGGCAAGUAUAAACAAGUCGUGGACAGGGUGUUUACGUUGUUAUUACAGCAGAAAGUGGAUCAGAGUGUAGAGGAGAUGUACUCUGGUGCAGUCACUGCUCUCCACAACGAUGGGGAGAGUCCACUUACUUUGGAGAACUACAGGAAGGCAGUCGAAUUGUUGUACACGUCAAUUCAGAACUGA